AACAUGGCCUCCCCGCCCCACCAGCAGCUGCUCCCGCACCACAGCACCGAAGUGAGCUGCGACUCCAGCGGAGACAGCAACAGCGUGAGGGUCAGAAUCAACCCCAAGCAGCUGCCGUCCAACAGCCACCCCAAACACUGCAAGUACAGCAUCUCCUCCAGUUGUAGCAGCUCCGGGGACUCGGGGGGUGUCCCCCGGAGAGCGGGCGCCGGGGGCCGCCUGCGCAGGCAGAAGAAGCUGCCCCAGCUGUUCGAGAGGGCCUCCCGCCGGUGGUGGGACCCCAAGUUCGACUCGGUGAACCUGGAGGAGGCUUGUCUGGAGCGCUGCUUCCCGCAGACCCAGCGCCGCUUCCGGUACGCGCUGUUCUACAUGGGCUUCGCCUGCCUGCUCUGGAGCAUCUAUUUUGGGGUCCACAUGAGAUUCAAACUGAUUGUCAUGGCAGCCCCCGCUCUGUGCUUCCUCGUGGUGUGUGUGGGCUUCUUCCUGUUUACCUUCACCAGGCUGUAUGCCCGACAUUAUGUGUGGACCUCGCUGGUCUUCACCCUCCUGGUGUUCGCUCUGACCCUGGCUGCCCAGUUCCAGGUUCUGACGCCUCUCUCAGGACGCGUUGACAGCUCCAAUCAUACUCCCGCAGCUAAGUCCACAGUCACUUGCUUAUCUCAAGUGGGGAGCUUUUCCAUGUGCAUCGAAGUGCUCUUUUUGCUCUACACCGUCAUGCACUUACCUUUGUACUUGAGCUUGUUUUUGGGAGUGGCGUAUUCUGUUCUUUUUGAGACCUUUAGCUAUCAUUUCCAAGAUGAAGACUGCUUCCCCUCACCCGAAGCAGGGCCCGGGCACUGGGAGCUGCUGAGCCGGGCCCUACUCCAUGUCUGCAUUCAUGCCAUUGGGAUCCACCUCUUCAUCAUGUCCCAGGUGAGAUCCAGGAGCACCUUCCUCAAGGUGGGACAGUCGAUUAUGCAUGGGAAGGAUCUGGAAGUGGAAAAAGCCCUGAAAGAGAGGAUGAUUCAUUCUGUGAUGCCAAGAAUCAUAGCUGAUGACUUGAUGAAACAGGGAGAUGAGGAGAGUGAGAAUUCUGUGAAAAGGCAUGCUACCUCCAGCCCCAAGAACAGGAAGAAAAAGUCUUCUAUUCAGAAAGCCCCUAUAGCAUUCCGCCCAUUUAAGAUGCAGCAGAUCGAAGAGGUCAGUAUUUUAUUUGCAGACAUCGUGGGCUUCACCAAGAUGAGUGCCAACAAGUCUGCUCAUGCUCUGGUGGGUCUCCUCAAUGAUCUGUUUGGUCGCUUCGACCGGUUGUGUGAAGAGACCAAGUGUGAGAAAAUCAGCACCCUGGGAGACUGCUACUACUGUGUGGCAGGGUGCCCCGAGCCCCGGGCCGACCAUGCCUACUGCUGCAUCGAAAUGGGCUUGGGCAUGAUAAAAGCCAUCGAGCACUUCUGCCAGGAGAAGAAAGAAAUGGUGAACAUGCGUGUUGGGGUUCACACAGGGACUGUCUUGUGUGGCAUUUUGGGCAUGAGGAGGUUUAAAUUCGACGUGUGGUCCAAUGACGUGAACCUGGCCAAUCUCAUGGAGCAGCUGGGAGUGGCUGGCAAGGUUCACAUUUCCGAGGCCACUGCAAAAUACCUAGAUGAUCGGUAUGAAAUGGAGGAUGGGAGAGUUACUGAACGCCUAGGCCCGAGCGUUGUUGUUGACCAGUUGAAAGGUUUGAAGACAUACCUGAUAGCGGGUAAGAGAGCGAAGGAGUCUCAUUGCACCUGUUCAGAGGCCUUGCUUUCUGGCUUUGAGGUCAUUGACGGCUCACAGGUGUCCUCAGGUCCUAGGGGACAGGGGACAGCAUCACCAGGGAGUGUCAGUGACUUGGCGCAGACUGUCAAAACCUUUGAUAACCUUAAGACCUGCCCUUCAUGCAAAAUUACAUUUGCUCCCAAAUUGGAAGCUGGUGCAGAAGAAGGAGCAAUGCAAAAUGGCUGUCAGGAGGAGCAUAAGAAUAAACACAAGGUUUCUGGAGGUCAUAAUUCCAAAACACAGAACGGACUCCUCAGCCCUCCCCAAGAGGAGAAGCUCACCAACAGCCAGACCUCCCUGUGUGAGAUCUUACAGGAAAAGGGAAAGUGGGCAGGUGUCAGCUUGGACCAGUCUGCUCUCCUUCCACUGAGACUCAAGAACAUCCGGGAGAAAACAGACGCCCACUUUGUUGAUGUUAUCAAAGAAGACAGCCUGAUGAAAGAUUAUUUUUUUAAGCCACCCAUUAAUCAGUUCAGCUUGAACUUCCUGGACCAGGAGCUAGAGCAAGCCUACAGGACCAGCUAUCAAGAAGAGGUUAUGAAGAAUUCUCCCGUGAAGACUUUCGCCAGUGCCACCUUCAGCUCCCUCCUGGAUGUGUUUCUGUCAACAACAGUGUUUCUGAUUCUCUCCAUCACCUGCUUCCUGAAGUACGGGGCUACCACCACGCCUCCCCAGCCAGUCACCCUGGUGGUCUUUGGGGUGGCCCUGCUCCUGGAGGUGCUGUCCCUCAUGGUCUCCGUCAGGAUGGUGUUUUUCCUGGAGGAUGCGAUGGCUUGUACCAAGCGCCUGCUGGAGUGGAUAGCUGGCUGGCUCCCACGCCAUUUCAUUGGGGCCAUCCUGGUGUCACUUCCCGCUCUCGCAGUCUAUUCACACAUCACGUCCGAAUUUGAGACAAACAUACAUUUCACCGUGUUCAUGGACUCAGCCAUCCUCAUCGCCGUCGUGCACUACUGUAACUUCUGCCAGUUCAGCUCCUGGAUGCGGUCCUCUUUAGCCACUGUCGUCGGGGCUGGGCCCCUGUUUCUGCUCUACAUCUCCCUGUGCCCAGACAGUUCCAUAGUAAUUUCACACCAUGGUGCAGUACAGAAUUUCAGUUCCGAGAGAAACCCGUGCAGUAGUUCAUUGCUGCAUGACAGCAGGAGACCGGUCAGCCUGAUUGGCCAGGAGGUGAUUCUCGCCUUCUUUCUCCUGCUCUUGUUGGUCUGGUUCCUGAAUCGAGAAUUCGAAGUCAGCUACCGCCUUCACUACCACGGGGACGUGGAGGCGGACCUUCACCGCACCAAGAUCCAGAGCAUGAGGGACCAGGCAGACUGGCUGCUGAGGAACAUCAUCCCCUACCAUGUGGCUGAGCAGCUGAAGGUUUCCCAGACCUACUCCAAGAACCACGACAACGGGGGAGUCAUCUUUGCCAGCAUCGUCAACUUCAGCGAGUUCUACGAGGAGAACUACGAGGGAGGCAAGGAGUGCUACCGGGUCCUCAACGAGCUGAUCGGGGACUUUGACGAACUCCUGAGCAAGCCGGACUACAGCAGCAUUGAGAAGAUUAAGACCAUUGGGGCCACGUACAUGGCCGCCUCGGGGCUGAAUGCCACACAGUGCCAGGAUGGCAGCCACCCGCAGGAACACCUGCAGAUUCUGUUCGAGUUCGCCAAGGAGAUGAUGCGCGUGGUGGAUGACUUCAACAACAACAUGCUGUGGUUCAACUUUAAGCUCCGCGUCGGCUUCAACCACGGACCCCUGACAGCGGGGGUCAUCGGCACGACCAAGCUGCUGUACGACAUCUGGGGAGACACCGUCAACAUCGCCAGCAGGAUGGACACCACGGGAGUGGAGUGCCGCAUCCAGGUGAGUGAAGAAAGCUACCGCGUCCUCAGCAAGAUGGGCUACGACUUUGACUACAGGGGCACGGUGAAUGUCAAGGGCAAAGGUCAGAUGAAGACCUACCUUUACCCAAAGUGCACAGACAAUGGGGUCGUGCCUCAGCACCAGCUGUCCAUCUCCCCAGACAUCCGAGUCCAGGUGGAUGGCAGCAUCGGGCGGUCUCCCACCGAUGAGAUUGCCAACCUGGUGCCUUCUGUACAGAACUUGGACAAGCCAUCUCUGGGUCCCGAGAAUAACACACAGGCCAAGGACCCUCACCUGUCUUCUAAGAGACCCUGGAAAGAGCCUGUCAAAGCUGAAGAAAGGUGUCGAUUUGGCAAAGCCAUAGAAAAAAGUGACUGUGAAGACACGGGGAUGGAAGAAGCCAAUGAACUCACCAAGCUCAACGUCUCCAAGAGUGUGUGACGCAGCACCUGACCGCUGCCCACGGUGCUCUGUUCCUCGAAACACAAUAAUAUUUGUAUUUGGCUGUUGCGCGCUCCAAGCGCCACAGUUCCCAUCCCCAGGCGUGGCGUCGCGUGGUCAUCACAGCCCUAACUUCUGUGUAGAUCACAGUUAUUCAGGGUUCAUUUCCAUCCAUUUCGCUCCUUUUCUCCCCCGGAACGCCCUCCCCUUGGUGUAACCGUCCAGCAGCGUGGAGAACAAGUGCCUUCAGGAGCUGGCUGUGGCUUCAGAGUCGAGGGACAGAGACCACAGGGUAGAGGUCAUGGCAUUGGGUAUUGUUGGACUUUUAAGACAAAAGCUGUGGUUAAGAUACCGUUUUUAUUGCUUUUUCUCACGAGACACUUUUCUUUGCUAAUGCCCUGUUUUUGAGGCUUGUUUUUUUCUAUAUACUGAAUAGUGUUUUCCAGUGACCUGCCCCUUCUCUGUAAAUACACACACGCACACACACUUGCAUUUACGAAUCUGAGCUCAAGUGCCAGUCACUCACCGAGGGGAGGUCAAGGAGGGUGGUGUGGGCUGAGAGCAGUGGUCAGCCGGGCGGCCCGGCGCCCUCCCUCCCUGCGCCUUCCCAAGCGUCCGGUCCUUGUGGGCUGUGGGCACCCCGCUCCCUGUACCGCCGCACACAGGCCAGGGCUCCAAAUGCUAGCCCGGAACUAAGCUGGGGAAGCCAGGCCUCAGGAAUUUACAAGCUGUUUUCGUCCUGCCUUCGUGCGGUGCCGAGGGGUCUUCCAGCUGGGAGUACAGGGGUUUGUCCUUGAGGCUGACUCGUCUGAGAGGAAAAUGAAAAUAAAUGCCUGAGGGUUGCAUUUAUUUAUUUAUUUAUUUAUCAGGAAAUGUGUUUUCAGGGAGGGGAUGCCAGGCCAUUCUGCUGAAGGCACACAGCGGAGGGUGAGACGCUGUCUGUUAGUGCUUUCGCCUCUUUGGCCACCUGCCCUGCAAAGGGGCCAGGCAGGACCCAGGGGCAUGGCCCGCGCUCAGGUCAGAGCAGCUCUCCGUCCCCACGUUUUACACCGAGUGCUGCUCCUUCUGCCCUGCGUGACGCGGGGCAGGUAGGAACCGGCGGGGUAUGAAGCCCGGAGUCUGGGCUGAGCGCGGGGGCAGCAGGCAGUGCGGGCACUGUCUUGGCCUUCACCCAUUCAAGAAGUUUCUCUAUCCUUCCCACUGCCAGCCUGCGCUGGGCCUGUUUGGGGCAGGACUGGGCCUGGUGAAUGAAGGCCAGCCCUCUCCAGAUGGAGGUCUUGCCCUGUAUAUUGGGGCAGAAUCGUCUGGACGCAAAUGGGGUGUUAAUCCAGGACAGUAUAGAAGACAAUUCUGUGCCCUUUGUUGCCAGUCCUCCUUGUAAUUACAUUUUGCCACAUGAAGUCUGAACUUGAUGUAGAACUGAACUCGGCUACAGUUGCCUUGUCAUAGUCAUAGUUAUUGUUAAGGUGACACUGGCACACAGCUCCUGGGAUCAUUUGAGAACUAGCUCCUUCUCUGUUUAAGGUCUUCACCGACAUGCCCUGUGCAUUUGCUUUUCACCGGUAAAUCUGUGUGUAAUUUCACAGCUGCGUUAAGUUAUCACUCCUCCUCCCCAAAUUUGUACAGAAUCUGCCAUUUCCAGCAUCAUGACAUAUUGAUUCUGAUCAGCCAUCUCCCCAGGGGACAGCCACCCGGCUGUUCAGCCAUAGCCAGGACCACGCCAUCCUGGGGAACUGAGCAUGCUCAGUAACUACGAUCUUCCUUCAGGUUUCACUGUCACUUUGUUGUUCUUCCAGUGCCGGAGAAAGGAUGGUUGUGACAAUACCUCUUGCUUCUAAAGAAUGUAUUCUUAUAAAAUAUUGCAGAAUUUUUAUUUUUAUUCUUAUUUAAAAAAAAAACACUACCUAAUGCUCUCCUUGUCUGUAAGGAUUGUGGGCGUGUUCGGGGUUUCUUCCAUCCGUAUUCAGGCGUGUGUGUGAGUGCGGCUCUGUUCCUUGGCCUGCUCACUCAGGCUCUGGAGCUGUGGCGGCACCUAAGGGGCUGGGCAGUUGCCUACUUGUUACCAGUGUCUCUGUUGUUGCGCCCAAAACGUACUCUGCAAAGUUCAUCUCUGCACCCACUUCCUUCCUAUCAAACUCUUUUUCCCCUUCCCCACCUGCAAAGGUGUUGAUGAUUCCUGGCCCUGGGAAUCCGAGAGGCUGCAAACCGCCGAGAGAGAGUCAGACCACAUGGUGGUCUGGUUCAGCAUUGUGCAAACCGGAGCCUGUGAUGGACAGCUCACCCUGAGCCUUCCUAAACAGCCAGUCCAGAUGUGCUCUCUAGUCCUUCCCAGUUCCCUGCUCUGAAGCAUACCUCAUCACGGAGCCACAGAAUCCCUGCAGCGGAACUGCUGUGUGUCCCACUGAGUCGGCAUUGAACAGAUAGUUGCUGAAGACAGAUGGGUUUCCCAGCAGGAGGUUCAAGCACUCCCGGCACGAGGAUGCAUUCUUCAGAGUGGCAAUACCUCUCCUGAACUUAGGGCAGGAAGCAAUACUUCAGAAAUGAAUGUGUGUAAAUAGUUGCUUUGAGUUGCAAUUGCUAUUUUCUUCUUGGCCCCAGGUCAGAUCAAAUUAUAUAUAUGUACAAACAAGCACAUAAUUUUAUCCAAUGCAAACAAAUGUAGAGCAUCAGUUAUUAAACCCUUAAGUAGCUUGAAGAGUCGCACAGAUUAUGCAACACCUGCACACGACUCCGUUAACACUGACUUCGCUUGUGGAGGCACCUGCACAUUUGCACAUGACACAGAGAGCCAAGGGCCACGUGCUCCCGUGACAUGGUCUGUAAUAAUCUGUAGUUUCCAAAGAUCGGUCUGCGUUUGCAUUUCUAAAUUUUUGAGGUAAACAUUUUUUUGGUUGGUGGUUUCAGAAAAUCACAUGCCUGGAAUCUGAAAUUAAAUUAGCAAGGACCAACUGUUUGCAUUUUCCACCUUUCCUUUGCUUUAUUCUUGGUAAAUUGUUAAUUUUAAUAAUUUCAAAAUGCAUCCACUAAAGAAAUGGACAUUAAAAUAUUCUAAAAUCUAAA